AUGAUUGCCGGUGUCUUCGGCAGGCGCAUGUGGGCCCCGGUGGGUGUACUGGCCUCAAUGGCGUACUGUCUCCAUCAGCGGAGGGCGGCCCUGGCUGAACUGCAGGAGUCUGAAGGACGGCAUCCGGUCGACCACAGGCUGCUUGAAUUGAAAAUGGUGCAGGUCGUGUUCCGCCACGGGGCUCGAACUCCGCUCAAGCCGCUCCCGCAGGAGGAGCAGGUAGAGUGGAACCCCCAGCUAUUAGAAGUGCCUCCCCAAACUCAAUUUGACUACACAGUCACCAAUCUGACUGGUGGCCCGAAACCACAUUCUCCUUUUGACUCUCAGUAUCAUGAGACCACCCUGAAGGGUGGCAUAUUUGCGGGGCAGUUGACCAAGGUGGGCAUGCAGCAGAUGUUUGCCCUGGGAGAGAGGUUGAGGAAGAACUACGUGGAGGACAUCCCUUUUCUUUCACCAACCUUCAACCCAGUGGAGGUCUCUGUCCGUUCCACUAACAUAUAUCGGAAUCUGGAAUCCACCCGCUGUUUGCUGGCUGGACUUUUCCAACGUCAGAAAAAAGGGCCCAUCAUCAUCCACACUGAUGAAGCAAGCUCUGAAGUCUUGUACCCCAACUACCAAAACUGCUGGAGCCUAAGGCAAAAAACCAGAGGCCGUAAAGAAGCUGCAUCUUUACAGCCAGGAAUCUCAGAGGACUUGAAAAAGGUGAAGGAAGGGAUGGGCAUCAGCGGUAGCGAUUGGGUGGACUUCCUCAUCCUCCUGGACAAUGUGGCUGCUGAGCAGGUGCACAACCUCCCAAGCUGCCCCGCACUGAAGAGAUUUGCACAGAUGAUAGAGCAGAGAGCUGUGGACAUGGCCUCAUACAUCUUUCAAAAAGAAGACAGGGAAAGCAUUCAGUUGGCAGUAGGCCCUUUCCUCCACAUCCUGGAGAACAACCUGUUGAAAGCCAUUGACCCUUCCACACCACCCAGCAAUAUCAGAAAGCUGUACCUCUAUGCAGCUCAUGAUGUGACCCUCAUUCCUCUCUUAAUGGCUCUGGGGAUCUUUGACCACAAAUGGCCCCCUUUUGCUGCUGAUCUUACCAUGGAACUCUACCAGCACCAGGAAUCUAAGGACUGGUUUGUGCAGCUCUAUUACCAUGGGGAGGAGCAGGUGCCGAAAGGAUGCCCUGAAGGACUCUGCCCGCUGGACAAGUUCCUGAACGCCUUGUCAGCUUACACCUUAAGCCCAGAAAAAUACCACAGACUCUGCUCCCAAACACAAGGGAUGGAGCUGGGGAGCAGAGGGUGACUGAUUUUUAAAAAUAGGAUUUGUUAAUUUUUAAAAUAAAAUGCCUCUUCACAAUGCC